CUGCUCUGAUUCUCUCGAGGAAAAAAAGUGCGAAGCCAAACGCAAAAAAGGGAAACCAUCGCACAAGUUUCCAAAGGAUUUCUCUCCUUCCUUCCCGUUUUUCCUCUCCUCAUUUCUGUCUCCAUUUCGUAUUCUUAUUUUUUUUUGUCCCUUAUUGAUCCGCGAUCCAAUUUCCUUUGCCUUCAGGUUAUAAAGCGCAGUAAGCACUUUUACCAUAACAAGCAGAGUUUCACAUUUGGAUAUGAAGAAAGCAUUUGGUCAAACUGUCAGAGACCUUAAGAGAGGGGUCAACAAGAAAGUGCUUAAAGUACCUGGAAUAGAACAGAAGGUUCUAGAUGCUACAAGCAAUGAGUCAUGGGGUCCGCAUGGAUCACUUCUUGCGGAUAUUGCGCAUGCUUCAAGAAAUUACCAUGAAUACCAGCUCACCAUGGGAGUGUUAUGGAAACGCCUUAGUGACACUGGAAAAAAUUGGCGACAUGUCUAUAAGGCAUUGACAGUCUUGGAGUACAUGGUAGCCCAUGGAUCAGAACGUGUCAUAGACGAGAUUAAAGAACGUGCAUAUCAAAUUUCGACAUUGUCCGAUUUUCAGUAUAUUGAUUCCAGCGGUAAAGAUCAAGGUAGCAAUGUCAGGAAAAAGUCACAGAGCCUUGUGGCUUUGGUAAAUGACAAAGAAAGAAUAGUGGAGGUCAGAGAGAAGGCUGCUGCUAACAGAGACAAAUAUCGUAAUUCACCAGUAGGUGGGAUGCCUAGGCCGUCAGGAGGAUAUGGGGACAAAUAUGAUUACGAAGGCCGCUAUGGAGACAGAGAUGAAGGGCGAAGUAGUUAUGGGAGAGAAAGAGAAUAUGGCUAUAGAGAUGAUGAUAGAAGUAGUCGAGACUCUGAAGAACGGUAUGGAAGAGAUGGUAACAGAGAUGAUGAAUAUCGUGGAAGGAGCAGAAGUGUUGAUAAUUACCGAAAUGGAUCAAGAGGUAGGAGCUCGGACAGAGAACGGCCUUUUGAGGAUGAUGGUCAAUCUUCAUCACGGGACAGUGGUGCACGAGCUGAUGAUCAUUCUCAAGAUGGGAGAGGGGGGCUAGAGAGGAAGUUUUCUGAACAAAAUAUUGGUGCCGCCCCACCUAGAUAUGAAGAAGCUGUCAGUGAAUCACGGAGCCCUGUAUUCAGUGAAAGGGAUGGUGGGGAGACUCCACAGGUUGGUCCUCCAGGAGCUGCUGCUUCUCCUCCUGCCGAAAGCAGCAGCAUGGACAACAAAUCUGCUGGUUUUGUUGAUGAAUCACCACCUCAGCAAGUUGAGGCUUUUGAUGAAUUUGAUCCACGAGGGUCAGUUCCAGCUACCGCUUCGGCUCCUGAACCUAGCCCACCAACAGUAGUUUCUACGUCAGCCCCACCAGUCUCGGUCUCAGAUACUGCCGAAAUGGACUUGCUUGGCUCUCUUUCAGAUGUAUUUUCAUCAAACCCGCUGGCUAUUGUUACAUCUGAUUCUACUUCUGUUGUAACCAAUGGACAAGCAAACGCUAGUCCAGCUCCGUCGUUUUCUACUUCCCAGUCAUCAACUCAGCCGUUUGAUGAUCCAUUUGGUGAAUCUCCGUUCAAAGCCAUCACUUCUGCUGACACUGACCCAAGCCAACAUCAGACUUUUGGAGCUCCUUUCCAGCCAACACCACCAGCCUCAAAUCCUAACAAUAGUGAUAAUUUUGGUUUCGGGGAAUCAUUUUCUGCUGUUCCCAAUCCUGAACCUGGCGUUCAAACUAUGCAAGCUCCAUCGGACUCAUCCGUCUUCCCUCAAGAAGAGUAUACUACAUCGCAAAGCGAAAUCGAUAUUCUUGCCGGCAUUCUCCCGCCAUCUGGACCACCAAAUUCUCUGCCUCAGCCAAAUCCCACGAUGCCAACAUCUCAAUUUCCUCCCAACGGUAAUGUGUAUGAAAGUUUUCAUCCCCAGGCAGUGCCUACGGAUCCGAACAUGCCAGGACAGACUCCGUUUGGUCAAGCUUCACAACAUUAUAACAUGAAUUCUCACUCGCAAAAUCAUCCUGGAGGUGUGCAGUUCAACAAUGGAGGCUUCACACAACAGCCAGGCUAUGCGGGUUCUGCAAAUUCUCAACCUCCGCAGUAUACUCCUGGUCUGUCUUCACACCCAUCAAGUGAGACUUUUUCUCACCAUCCAGGUUCCGCUACUUCAUCAAGCUCACAAACUCCUUACUCUAGUACACCCAAUGCACCAGCUGGUCACUUUGAUGGUGGAGACUUUAUGACACAGCAAGGUCAUGGUGUGACACAGCAAGGUCAUGGUGUGACACAGCAAGGUCAUGGUGUGACACAGCAAGGUCAUGGUGUGACACAGCAAGGUCAUGGUGUGACACAGCAAGGUCAUGGUGUGACACAGCAAGGUCAAGGAGUCCCUUCCCAUACACCCCAGCGAACUCAAUCUGGACCUGUUGGAGACAUGUUUGCACCAGCUGGACUAGGUUCCAUGGGUGCUUCAGCAUCUCAACCAUCUCUCACACCUUUAACAGGGGCCAUUGAGAUUGUUCCUCAAACCCAGAAAAAGUUUGAACCGAAAUCAACAAUCUGGGCAGACACAUUAAGCAGAGGGCUAGUGAAUUUCAACAUAUCUGGACCAAAAACAAAUCCUUUGGCAGAUAUAGGAGUUGAUUUUGAGGCGAUCAACAGGAAAGAGAAACGGCUAGAGAAACCAACCACGGCACAACAACAAGUUACAUCAACUAUCAACAUGGGCAAAGCCAUGGGAUCUGGUACUGGCUUAGGCCGUGCGGGUGCAGGCGCUUUGAGACCUCCAACGAACUCAAUGGUAGGCUCAAGCAUCCCUAUGGGCAUGAACCAAAGCCAUCCAAUGGGAAUGGGCAUGAACAUGAACCAAAACCAUCCGAUGGGAAUGGGAAUGAACAUGAACCAAAACAAUCCGAUGGGAAUGGGAAUGGGCAUGAACAUGAACCAAAACCAUCACAUGGGAAUGGGCAUGAACAUGAACAUGGGAGGAUAUGGUCAAGGGCCUCAAGGCUACCCGAUGCAACCACAACAAGGGAUGGCCAUGGCUCCUGGUCCACAACCAGGCAUGACAGGUGCUGCUUAUAAUCCGAUGAUGGGUCAAGGCGGUUACAACCCUCAGCAGCAGCAACCUUAUGGUGGAGGAUACCGGUAAGAUCCGAUCCGAGCGAAACACAGUUAUGCCCAGUUUACAUUAACACUAGUAAAAUCCAAGAACAGAGCACAACCAUUUUGGCCUGGAUUUGUAAAUUUUUUGGUCGGUUUAAGGUAAGUUGGGGUUUGGUCAGUCGUAAUAUUGGAUCAAGUCCUCGGCUUUUAUUUUUUUGCAAUAAAUAAUUCUCGGCCUAUUUGAGUUUUGUUGUGAGAUUUGUAACCGGUGAGAGAGAAAUGCAUAAACCUUUACUCAGGUGAGAGUUAUGUACACAUAACACAUGUAUUUUCAGAUACUACAUUUU